AUGAAAACAUUACCAUAUGAAAAACAAUUAAAACGACCAAUACAUCAAGGUCUUAUCAAAUCUCCAAAAAUGAUGACUAAUAUUCAAGUUUAUGAUUUAAAAGAAAAUAAAAUAACUUCUUUACCAUCAUUAGGUAAUGUACAUCGAUUAAGUAUAAUUUUAUUUUAUAUUUAUGAAUGUAUACCAUCAAAAAAGCAUCUUAAUUAUUUUUCUACCUAUGCUUCAUCUCAUUGUACACAAUAUAAUUUUAUAUCAAUUAAUUGUAAUCAAAAUGAUAUUGAUGAUUUAAAAAUAUUGACUGAAAAUUUAACAAAUAUUCAAUGUUAUACUAAUUUUUCAUCAGAAGAUUUUCAAUAUGAACAAAAGGAAAACGAAAAACCAUUGCAUGAAUUAUUAUCAAUUGAUGGUGUACCUUUAUAUUUCAUCUUAGAUUUUUCAGGUCAUAUUGUUUGGAGAGGACGUUUAUGUACUCCAAAUCAAUUAAAAUAUGAUGCAGCAAUAGAUCAUAUAAUUGCUGGUGUUAAUCGAUUACCAUGUUCGACAGAAAAUUGUGAACUUUGUUAUUAUUGUUUAGUGAAUGAUACUAACAUUGAUUCAGAAUUAAAUGAUACAUCAAGAAUUCUUCAAUCAAUUCAACAACAACGAUUACAACAAUACGGAAAUAAAGAACUAGAAAAAGAAAAACAUAAUCAAACACGACGAAUUGUAUCAAUGAAAAACAAAUCAACUAGAAUGAAUGAUAAUGAAUAG